CUUGACAUUUUAGAAGAAUAAAGUUCUUAUUUAUUUACAAAUUACUUAACUCCUCAAAUUGUUAAUUUUUCUCUAGAAAAAUUCAGUAUAGUAUAACAUUUUAUCAUUUAGUAACGUAGUUAUUAGUUAUUGUUUGGAUUAUUGUACACUUUAUAUAUCCAUGUUAAAAGAAUGUGAUAUUCUUAAAAUGAUGUAAAUCAUUGAGUUUUGAGUUGAUUUGGUUUGUGUGAAAUUUAGAGGCAAUAAAUUAUAAAAUUGCUCACUUGCUCGAAAAUCUCACCAUCAUGAAUGUUGUUCAGGCUGUUAAAAUGUAUAUAACAAAGAUGACCGAGGAAAGUGGCCCUGGAAUGAAAUUAUUACUAAUGGAUAAACAUACGACCAGCAUCGUGAGUAUGGUGUAUAGUCAGUCAGAAAUCUUGCAAAAGGAAGUUUACCUAUUCCAACGCCUUGACUCUGGUGGCAUGUUGGAGCCAAUGAAACAUCUGAAAUGCAUUGCUUUUUUAAGACCAACAAAAGAAAAUAUAACUCUUCUUUCCAGAGAAUUGAAGUAUCCUAAAUAUGGCGUGUAUUACAUUUAUUUCAGCAACAUCAUAGCCAAGGCAGAUGUGAAGACUUUGGCUGAAUGUGACGAGCAUGAAGUGGUUCGAGAGGUCCAGGAGUUUUACGGAGACUAUCUAGCCAUCAGUCCUCAUCUCUUCUCCCUCAACAUUCCAUCCUGUGCUCAAGGUCUUGCUUGGGACCCGCUGCAGUUGACUCGAUGUGCUCAGGGUAUCACAGCGGUACUUCUGUCGCUGAAGAAAUGUCCUUUCAUCCGCUACCAGCAGUCAUCAGACAUGGCCAAACGACUCGCAGAGAAAAUCAGGGAAGUACUGUCAAAAGAAGAGAAACUGUUUGACUAUCGCCCAACUGAUCCUGCACCUUUGCUACUAAUCUUGGAUCGAAGAGAUGAUCCCAUUACUCCACUCUUGAGUCAAUGGACAUAUCAGGCAAUGGUUCAUGAACUGCUCACAAUUUCCAACAACCGAGUGAACUUGAGCCAUGUUCCUGGCAUAUCCAAAGAAUUAAAGGAAGUUGUGCUCUCUGCUGAACAUGAUGACUUCUAUGCCAAUAAUCUGUACCUGAACUAUGGAGAGAUUGGACAGACUGUGAAGCAGCUCAUGGACGAAUUUCAGCGCAAGGCUAAGAGCCAUCAGAAAGUUGAGAGCAUUGCAGAUAUGAAGGCCUUUGUUGAAAACUACCCCCAGUUUAAGAAAAUGUCAGGAACAGUGUCCAAACAUGUGGCGGUUAUCAGUGAGCUGUCGUCUCAGGUUGGAAAGCGCAAUUUACUGGAAGUAUCUGAGAUGGAACAAGAGCUUGCUUGUCAGAAUCAGCACUCUCAACAGCUCCAGAGGUUGAGAUCGCUCCUUGUUGGCAGCAAAGUUCGUGAUGAAGAGGCUCUCAGACUGGUGCUGCUUUACGCUUUGCGUUACAAGAAACAUUCCAAUAACGAUAUCACAGGACUUGUUGAUGCUCUCAAGCGCCGGGGUCUCUCGGAAGAUAUGAUCAAAGUAAGAGCUCUUGGGUAUUACUAAUUUGUUAGAGGAAGG